CAUACUUUCAGAUUUAAUCAAGGGCAGCACAAACUGGCUCUAAAAAUUAAUGAAACAUCUUCAGGUUACUUAGUUUCUCAAAUUUAUCAGAUUAUCCACGAUUAUAGGAUGCACUUGCUUUAGGAUGACCACAUUUUCAGCUGGUCCUUUUAAAAGCAGCCCGAUACACAAACAUGUAAGAAACCACGCUUUUGCUGAUACAAAGUGUUAAAAUGUGGAACUCUGCCUGGAAAGAGUGGAGCAAAAAGUAAGUGUGGAUAAGCCCUAGACUCUGACAUUGUGUGCCAACCUUCCCUCCCCACGUCCACUACAUUUUUCAGAAAGGUUUCUUUGUGGUACUAAAACCAGCAGUCUAUCUAACAUACCUUCUUCCUUGGAUAGGCAAAGAUACCCAGGGUUGUACAUGGGUAGAUAGGAGAAAGGGGCAGAGAUUUGUAUUGCCAUUAUUACUUUUUACGGUCAGGGGAGGACUUCCUUCUUUUGCUUCCUUAUGAAAAUCCCGGACUGACUAAACUGAGCUCACUCUCAAGAAUUGCCCUCCUCUGAUCACUCUGUGUUCUUUAGACAUGUGGACUGCUUUAAUUUGGUGCCCAUGAUCUGUGGAUACCCAGUUUUGCAUCAGUUCUGAAGAAAGAAAGAAAGAAAGAAAGAAAGAAAGAAAGAAAGAAAGAAAGAAAGAAAGAAAUUCUCAAUGGGAUCACAGGAACCAGGUAAGUUUCAUUCUACUUCUUCCCUCUGUUGUGAUGAUAACAUUUUUUUUUUAAGCAUGGAUCUUUUUUGACACUGCCUGUCCUCAUCUGAUUUACUGCCCCUUUUUUCAAAUCCAUGUGACUUUAACAAAAAGGACAUAUGAAAAUAUAAAUAUUCCUUACCAUAGUAGCUUACAUUGUUUGUCCAUGAGAUGGCUAAGUACUGUUGGUGCUGCAGUCCUGCAACUUUGUUUUUUUUCUGUGCCUCCAACCAGCUGCUUAAUGGAAAAGAAGCACAACUUUCCUCAUCGCUGCAUCUCCAGCCAAGGAAAUAUAUGUAUCUUUUAGUGUCUGCCUAUCACAGGGGCUCUGCUAAAAACAACUGUGACAACUGUAAAUGAAUACAAUUACUGUUAUAUACAGUACAGUAAAUAGCAGAGAUUGCUAUAGCAUUGUGUAAACAUUCCAGGAACUUGACAGUGUGGGGAAAUCUUGCCUUUUUCUACAUGUUAACCACAUUGCUUUGUGUCAGCAACCUAAUCCUUCAUGGCAGGCUUUGAGCUAGUUCAUCUGAAGUCUGUGACACCCUCUGUGGAGUUGUGAUCCACAUGUAAGGGCAUGAUUGAUGUCUAUGUUUAUUCUGGAUUAUUUAUGAAUCCAGAACUGUUGGAGGGCAGACGCUGAGUGCUAAGGGUAGCCAGUUGAAAAAGAGGAGAGAGGACUCUUGCACCUUUAAUAGUUGUGUGGAAAAAGAGAAUGUCAGCAUGCAUAGCUUGGGCUAAAGAUGUAACAUCAAGUCUAAGUUGGUCUUUCGUUCAAAGGAUGCUGAAUUGUCUCUGCCGUAUGCAAAGCCUGGGCAAACUAUCUGGUCAGUACCGUAAGAGAGAAAAAUGGGUUGGUAAAUCAUGCAAGGAGCAGGAUAGGCUGUGAAGGGAUAAAAUAGGAGGAAACUAUAUACAGUGGUUCCUCAGGUUACAGAUGCUUCAGGUUACAGACUCCGCUAACCCAGCAAUAGUACCUCAGCUUAAGAACUUUGCUUCAGGAUGAGAACAGAAAUUGUGCAGCAGCAGCAGCGGCGCAGCAGCAGUGGGAGGCCCCAUUAGCUAAAGUGGUACCUCAGGUUAAGAACCAUUUCAGGUUAAGAACAGACCUCCAGAACGAAUUAAGUUCUUAACCCGAGGUACAACUGUAAUGGUUUUUGGAGAGCUAUUAGUGAACUUCAGCAAAGGUGCUACUGCACCACUGUCUGAAUGAGAGCCUAUAAACUGAAGUUGAUACCACCCUAAAAUGUAUGGUUAUAUCAAGGGUGGUUUAUAAUUAAAUAAAUGCUGAUGAAUCACACAAAAGACAGGAAAUUCCUCAGCAAAAAGGGAUGGUGGGGGAGAACAAAUUUGCUUAAGACUUUCAGUCUGUAAUUGGGGAACUCCCUGCCUUUUGAUACCAGGCUGGCACCUUCACAGUUCUCUCUCUGGCACAUGCUAAAAAUUUGCUUAGGCAAACCCUAGCCAGACACAUAGAAUGCUGAUGUGUGUUUUAAUCUGGUUUUUAGCUUAUUGUGGAUUUUAAUUAUUUUUGGAAGUUUUAAAUAGUCGUUUCUAACUGGGUUUCUAUUUUAAUGAUAAUUUCUCUCUUUUAUUCUUUUUGUAAACCUCUUUGAGGUUUGUUUGGGGUUUUUUACAAUCAAGAAAUAAAAUAAUUUUGUGAAAUAAAUAAAAAUGAAUAAGGUAUUUGUAUAAGUGCAAAUUUAGAAAUAAUUACUAUAGUUUAGUUAGUAAUGGGGAAGACUGUGGCUCCUCCAUUUUUCUGCACUUAACGCUUUUUUGUAUCUGAAUGCCAUGUACCAAAUAUUCAGCGCCAGCCCUAUCAUUAGGCAGAGUGAGGCAGCUGCCUCAGUCAGCUGAGGAAGAGGGGCAUCAUGGAAGGGCAGCAGACGGUUAGCCUUUUAUUUUUAUUGUAAAAGUAAAGGGACAGUUUGAAAAAGUUUAGUACCUCCUGCAGUUUUGAGUCUGCGUACAUACCAGGGAUGCCAUCUCCUAGGGGACAAGACCUUUGGGGCCUCCCAAUAAUUUUGGGGAGGGGGUUGCCCCCGCAAUGUUCAAAAGGGACGGAGGAGGCCAAGCACAGAGCUGAAUGUGGCAUGGCUUCAGUGGCUAGUUCCUUCUCCUCCCCCUUCUGCCGUGGACGGGAAGCAGCCCCUGGCCUCUGAGGAGGAAGAGAAGGAGCUGCCAGUCAUUGAAACCACACUGCUUCUGCGUUCAGCUCUGCCUCCAGCUCCUCGGAUAUCCCAACAUCACAUGUGCAACGCCACACACCAUGUGACCUCAAACCCCCCCCCCCAUUCUUCCUUGGAAGUUGGAGCCUCUGAUACACGCCAUACAUUCAAAACCCAUUCAAAGCACAUGACUUCCCCAAAGAAUCCUGGGAACUGUAGUUUGUUGAGGGUGCUGCGAAAAGUAGCUCUGUUAUGGGUAAGCUACAGUAUCCAGGAUUCUUAGGAAGAAGCAAUGUGCUUUAAAUGUAUGCUGUGCAUGCAGCCUUUGAUGCUGAGAGGAAUUUAGAUUUCCAGGCAUCGUCAUAGUCCAUAUAUAAGUAAAUGCACACAGGGAUUUGUUUGGUUUGCCAUGAUACAUAAUCUACCAACACCUGCAAAAGCAGCAUUCAAAUUUCCUCAAUUAACAUUUGCCCAUACAUUUUAUUUUUUGUCCUGAAGAAAUUAGCAGGGCCAUAGCUCAAUGGCAGAGCAUCUCCUUUGCAUGCAGACGGUUGCAGAUUCAUAGGAAUACAGACAGCUGCCUUAUUUUGACAGCAAUUUUAAUAAGUUUCCUGGAAUUGUGCAAGAAUGACUGGAAAUCUACUCAUUUUAAAAUAGUUUUUGUUUUUUGUUCAUUCCUUUAUUCAUUAAAUUUGUCAGUCUUGCCCAGGGCAACCCAAAGCACAGCCAACAAAGAGACAACAAAUCUCACAUGGAUCCAUUAAAACCAAGAGGAAAGAGAAAAACAUUCAAAAGCAUCUCACCCACUUCUAAAAGGCCACGGAUAGUUAAAGGUCAAAGGACUGGUUACAGAGGAAAGUUUUUGCCUGGUGCCUAAAAAUAUAUAAUGAUGUUGCCAGAUAAGCCUCCCUGGGAAGAGCAUUCCACAAACAGGGAGCCAUUGCAGAAAAGGCCCCCUCUUGUGUGCUGCCCUCCAGACCUCUUCUGGAGAAGGCGCACGAAGAUUGGCCUCCAAUGAUGAGUUUAAGCCUAGAUCCAGCACAGGAUAAGUGCAAGCCCUGUGUCAGGGUAGGGGUGUUUUUUCCGUCUUAAGAUCUGGCAGUAAGACCUGCUGGUAUGUAUCCCUAGCUGAAUAUGCAAAUGAGAUUUCGCCUCAUGGAGCAGUGAAAAAGGGAGUGAGGACUCACUAGACUGGUUUCUCCAGAUUGUUCAGUCUCAUCAGAAAACAGAACUUUGGCUUAUAUGCAUCUGAGCAGCAAGCAGAGCAUCUCAUCUGGGCUGCGCAGGAGCUCAGCUUGGAAAGCACAUGCAGGACAGAUAGACGGCAUGGGUAAGAUUGUGGUAGGAUAUUGACAUUUGCCAAAGUAUUUUCUAGUGUAGAACUGACUUUAGAAACAUCAGCAUUGUUACAGCGUCACCUGCAAAUCUGUUGUAUGCUUCUCUGAACCUGUGAGUUAUGAAUUAUUUCCUGUUUCUGUUUAAUGCAAUUCUGCAUGUCUCUCUUCUCAGCAGAACUGGCAUCCGUAAACACAACUUCAUAAAAGCAGUGGUCCCAGAAUGACAGAGAGCUUCUGUCUCAAGUUUCUUUUAAUGCACAGCUCCAAGAGAUAGGCUGUUGGGUGUAUAAUAGCUGCGACAGGCACUGCAGGCAUUCAUGCAGGUUGCAGCUCCUACAGAGUCGCUGUAGCGUCGCUUUUUCCUCCAAGAGCAUGGUUCACUUGUAUGGGCCCGUCCCUUGAGAACAUGGAUGAGAAGACUGCAAGCCAAGUCACUGAGCCAAACGGGGCUGUGAGCUUGAGUCCCAAUGGUGGCGACUCAUUGGUACAGUGUAGCGGUUUGGGUUGUAAUCUGAACCUCAACAUACCUGGGAGUAAGCGCCAUUGAAUUUGGACUGGAAUUGUACCGUUAGACAGAAUCCCCUUGUUCAAUUUUCACCUUUGUCAGAUAUCCUUAGGGCAAAACCACUGUUAUCUCAGGAGUAGGUAAGAGUUAUAAUAUGAUGAUGGGACAGUGCUGCCUUGUGAUGGAAUUAGACAAAGAGGAUAUAGUCAUGAUGGCAUUAUUUGAGUGAGAAAGGACCCUUCUUCUUCUUCUUCUUCUUCUUCUUUUCUUCUUUGGUGAUCACUCGUAGCCGAGUAAGAUUGUCUUCCAUAAACACAGUUUUAACAAUGAGUCCAUAAGUAACUGUAGAGGCCAAUUCUGGACCCACACGUCCUUCCACAGUGGGGAUAUUGGUUCCCAGGUGGGAGUUGAUCACAGUGUGGAUUUGCCAGGCGUGCCUUCCUCUUAGCACAUUUCUCCCUUGCGUUCUGAGUUCGAGUAUCUUCAAAGUCCAUGACACCUUUGGUAAAGGCUGUUCUCCAACUGGAGCGCUCGCAGGUCAGUGUUUCCCAGUUGUCGGUGUUUAUACUACAUUUUUAAAGAUUUGCCUUGAGACAGUCUUUAAACCUCUUUUGUUGACCACCAGCAUUAUGCUUUCCAUUUUUAAGUUCGGAAUAGAGUAGUUGCUUUAGAAGACGAUCAUCAGGCAUCCACACAACAUGACCAGUCCAAUGAAGUUGAUGUUGAAGAAUCAUUGCUUCAGCACUGGUGAUCUUUGCUUUAUCCAGUACACUGAUCAUCACCUUGUCGUGGUGAGUGGGCUUGCAUGUUCCUACGACCCUUGAGAAGGACCAUAGCUCAGUAGUAGAGCAUCUGCCUUGCAUGCAGAACAUCCCAGGUUCAAUCCCUGGCACCUCCAGGUAGGACUGGGAAUAUCUACUGCCUGGAGAGACACUGGCAAUCAGUGUGGAUAAUACUGAAUUAGAUGGGUCAGAAGUCCGACUCAGCAUAUGGCAGCUUCCUAGAUUACCUCCAGGAUCAGAAUCGGCAUGCAUCUGAAUGCCAGUCACUUGGAACAACAACCAGAGAGGGAUAUUGUCCUUGCAUCCUACUUGUGGGCUUCCCAGAGGAAUCUGGUUUGAUCCUGUGUGAAGCAGCUUGCUGGAUUGGAUUGUCCUUUGAGUCUGAUCCACCAUGGCUCUUCUAAUGGUUACCUUGUUGCAAGUGGCUCCACCACCACCCCCUUUCAAAUCAUUGGCUGUGGCUGCUGGCAGGGUCAGUGAAAUUUGCAGUGUAAUGAUAUUACGUCAUCAGGUAAGUGCUGUUAGAUGUAACGGUGAGUGCGGAGAGGUUUCAGCAGCAUCAUGGACAAUAUAGGGCUCCCAUCUCAGUCCCAUCAUUUGUAGUGUGAGAAGAAUAAUACUUGCCUUCCUUGCAAAGUUUUUUUGAGGACUACUCAAGGCACUUCAAAUGUGUUGCAAAAUGCUAAGUAUUAUUUUCACUGAUUAUCAUAAUAAUGCUGUAUCAUUUCAGUCACUAAGCAGUCUCUCUUUAAGAUUCUCUCCUUCUUUUAAUGCCUGCUACAAGCUCCUUCUCUUUUCUUUGGGCUCUUCACAGACGGUGAAAUCAGAAGGAAACCAAGAUAUGGCGCCACUAAUUCACUGGUACCGAAUAAUCAGCAGGAGGCCGGAGAUCAAACCUACUUGGAUGAAAAGAUUGCCAUUCCAGAUGUUGCUGGAGUAAGUGGAGUUGGAGAGGGAAUUUGACUUUGUUUGUAUUUUAAUGAGAAAUGUCCCAAUUUUCAUGCAAACCGAAACACAGUCACCCCUUUUAAAUUCACACUUCUAAUUUCUCCAGCCAACAUGUACAAACAUGAAUAUAUUAGGCGGAAGUAUGUACAGAAUGCAUAUAUUAGUGAAAAUAACAUACACAAAUGCAUUCUAUGGGGGAAAUGGCUUGCAGAAAUGUGUGUAUUAGUCAAAACUGCAUGCAAAAUGUGUGUUUAUUAGGUGAAAUUCGCAUUAAAGUGCUGGUGAAUUUUCAUGAAGAUUUUAAAAAACAGCGCCUUCCCCCCACUGGAAAUUUCUGGGGAAAUGUGGACAGCUGAAUUUAAGACUGGAAAAAUCAGGAGCUAAGGGAAGCUGAAACUGAGAGAUUCAUCCAUCCUGACGAGUGGAGUAAAUCAUUGGUCAGAUGGUUAACACAUGGCUCGUUCUCUUGGGAUUGGACUGUUGGCCUGUUAUGGGGAACUGAGAGCGAUAGAUGGAUCCUUUUAAUAAAUAUCAAUGCCGUGUAAAAUGGUCUGGUGCAGUGGUUUUCAACCAGUGUGCUAUGGCACCCUGGGGUGCCUUGAAUGAUGGUUAGGGGUGCAGCAGACAACACUGACCUCUGUCCCUCUUUCCUUCCCUCCCUUCCUCUGAUGCCCUCUUGCAUCUCUGCCUCCCAAAGGCUUGUGCAGCUGUUUGUUGCAGCAGCCUUGGCUACAAACUCCGCAGGCAAAUGGUGCCUCUGGGGCUGGUCAGGGGGCACUAGUUGCCAGGAGCAGAGGCAGCCUCAAAGCAAGCAAGCAGGCAGGCAGGCAAGCAGGCAAGGGAGCCCAGCCAGCCAGUCCACCAGCCCUUGCUGUUGGGAAUGGACACACAAGUCCCAGGCCCCUGUGGGGCAGUGUGAGAAGACACCCCUCUCUUUGGGGCCGGGGGGGGCAGCUCAGAGACCGGGGGGUGGUGGCGGCGACUGCCUAGAGGACUCCCAAGAAGAGAAGAGGAGGCUGAGGGAACACUCCAGAAGGGAGGGUGUUCAAAAAAGGUUGAGAGCCUGUCAGCUCUGCAGGCAAGGGGUGACAUAACUGGGCACCUGAGCCCCACAGGGGUGCCGCAGAAAAAAUCUAGCUAGUCAAAGGAGCUGUGGACUCAAAAUGGUUGAAAACCUCUGGUCUAGUGUGUUCAUGUGGAGUGUGGGUGUCCCUGUGAGUUCAUUGGCCUGUUCCAUGCAGACAGCACCAGCAGAGUUUCAAGGGAUCCUGUGAGCAUCUCUAUUGCUUUCCUGCCAUUUUGUAUUUUCUGUGAUGUGGUUUCCUCCUUCUGGGCAGAGCACACAUUGGAGACAGUGGACAUUCAGCUGGCAAGGUAUCUCCAGUCCCAGCAUAAUGUGGAUAUAGUAUAGUGGAAGUUUGCUUUGCCCAUCAUCUGAAGUCGGUAUACUCUUCCACUCCAGUGCUGGAGAAUGCAUCUUCCAUGAUGAUUUUUUUAAAAGCAUGGUAAAUGGCUAUUCCCCUGCUGUAAGGCUACUCUCCUUCCAUGGUGGGGGAAGAGGAUAGAGGGCUACUGGAAUUGAAUGAAUUGCUGAAGGAAUAGAAAGAGGAGUCAUUAUCUGGGGUGAACAGUAGGACAUUUCAGUUCCUUUCUCACACUGAGGAAGUGGUUUUGCAACAAGUUUUUAGUUCCAAUGUAAUCACGUGUUUUCUGUGACAUACAAGGGUCAAGCAAGACAGAAUUUCUGUGACGUUAUCAGCCAGCUCCCCUAAGAGUGAUUGUUCAGCAGGAAAGUGUGUGGCGUUGCAACCUUACAGCUCAAUUGUGCAAUCAUCACAGAUGAACUAUGGCACCCAAUUCUGCAUAUUAUUGCAGCCAUUACCAUGCAAUCCUUUGCAUCUUCACUCAGAAGUAAGUCCCAUUAAGUUUCCUCCUCAAUGGGGUUUACUCCUCGGAAAGAGGCUACAAGAUUGCAGCCUCAAUUACCCAACCUUAAUUCAGCCUCAUUUAACAGGUUGUCUGAGAAGAACAGAGCUUCCAUAUUUACAAAAACUAAACAGGAAUGCUGAGUACAGCUUGUUCAAAAAUGUUACUUUCAGUAAGAAUUGUGUCGAUUUUAUAUAUUUGCACCAUAGAAUAUAUUAUUAUUUGUUUAUCUUACCUCCAGGUUUUGCUUUCUAACUUUCUUUAUAAAUGUCUGAUUAAUUUACUUUAAAAAAAAAAAGCAUGCUCAGAGGUCUGGGCUCAUGUUGGCUCAGAGCAUGGUCCAUGUGUGCCCCUUGUGCCCCCCUACCAGUGGCCCUGCCCUACUCUGGCUGGUUGAAAGCAAUGGUGUCUAUGGUACUUGCUCUCCUAAACUGUGUGAAAAAUAGCAGCAUUCAGAGCAGCUGCCCCUAAAUAAAGACCUGAUACAGAAUGAAGUGCAAAGUGUGAAUCAGUGUAGUAGAGCUAAGGUGACCUCCAAUCUCUCUCUCUUCUCUCCUGUCCCUUUUCAUUGACUCUGCUACACCUUUUCCUCCCCAGUAUGGUUUCAGUUUUAGGAAGCUCUGGGCAUUCACCGGGCCUGGCUUCCUCAUGAGCAUUGCCUUCCUGGACCCAGGAAACAUUGAAUCAGAUCUGCAGUGUGGAGCUGUUGCCGGCUUUCAGGUGAGCACAGGAGAGAACAGGCAUUUGUUGUAGGGUGUGCCUGGACAAUAUAAGGCCCUUGGGCUUCACACACUCCUCUCCUUGUCUUCUUGGGGUUCUACUGGGACAAUUCUCAGUGUUUGCAGCCUUUUCCCACCCCAUUUUAGGAACAUCAUCGCUCAGCCAAGCCCAACACAAGAGUGGGGGUGGGAUAGGACCUGCACUGCUGCAAUCUGCAAUGGUCCUCUUCUUGGUUCAGCAGGGGUUAGUAGAGUUGGCACUAUUCCAUCCAUCCGAUGCUGCAUGGCCAACUAGCAUCUGAGUAUUAUGCACCACUGAAUUAUAAGCCUGAGGCUAAGCAAAAGCUUUGAGGUUGGGCUUGUGCUCUUGCUGCAUUGCUGCAGAAGCCCCCGAAUACCUAGUGACGCCAUGUACCCUUGCACCCUGCACAGCUGCUCUGGGUUCUGCUCUGGUCCACAAUCCUGGGCUUGCUCUGCCAAAGACUGGCCAUCCGGCUCGGGGUCGUUACAGGCAAAGAUUUGGGAGAGAUAUGCCAUUUCUACUAUCCCAAGGUGAGUAUGAAUGGAGAAUCAGGCUGUGAACUGCAUGAUUAGGUACUAAACACUGGCUGCGGCAUCCCCCUUUCCUGUGAGUUGGUGGAAGGGACUCUGGUCUGCCAUGCCACUGUCGUUAGAGGCAUAACUAAAUAUCCUCCAUUUCUCUGAUUACCUCAAAGUCAAGAAUGAAUGAAUGAAUGAAUGAAUGAUCUUGUAUGAAUUAGCCAGCUAGGAAAGGAGGGCUUUGUGAAUUGAACCAAGCAGUCCAGUCAUUUCUCAAUCUGAACGUGGAAUCAUCUUUACCUCUAUCUGAAGGCAUACUCUGAUUGAGGACUGUCUGACUGUAAAGAUGCCCAUUUCUGCACUGAAAAGGGUUGAACAAGUGGUACGAUAUCGAGCGGUGUACAUGCCACAUGUGAAGCUUCUGGAGUUGUGAUCAUUGUUAGAGGCAUAGGGAGCUUCUGCUUAAACCUCGCCAUAGAGCAGUUUUGGGGUACCAGCUCCUGUCCAUGUUGUAUCUGACAGACUCCCAUUCUGUUUGGUGCAGGUUCCUCGUGUGCUGCUCUGGAUCAUGAUAGAAAUUGCCAUCAUUGGCUCUGACAUGCAGGAAGUGAUAGGCACAGCCAUUGCCUUCAACCUUCUGUCAGCUGGACGGUAAGUUCCCCAUUCUUCUGCAGCCACGUGUGAGUGGGCAGGUCUCCAAGAUGUUGCUGACCAUUUUUGCACCACAACCAUAUUACAUUGGGUUAAGCAAUUAGAUUCCUCAGACUAGAUGAUGCUGGCAGAUAUUGAAAUACAACACAAUGACAGCAGUUUUGACUUUUCUCUUAUUCUUUUUACAUCAGGUAUAAUCUUUCCCCAGUUAAUAGUGAACAAGCUCCCUCAUAAACUGGUUGGGAUAAGGUACUAAUACUGCAGAUGCCUGCUUCCUCUAACUGAUUAUUAGAUGUCUCCCUGAGUCGCUAAAGGAAAAUUAUAGAAACAAGGGUUCCUAUAAAGCAAGGUUUCCCAAACUUGGGUCUCCAGCUGUUUUUGGACUACAUUUCCCAUCACCUCUGACCACUGGUCUUGCUAGCUAGGGAUGAUGGGAGUUGUAGUCCAAAACCAGCUGGAGACCCACGUCUGAGAAACCCUGCCGUAAAGCUAUAGUGACCUUGAAUAAGGGAUAAUCCUUGGGGGAAAGAAAACAACUCAGUGAAACAGUUCAUGCUCUACAUAUGAAAAGUCCCGGGUUUGACCACUGGCAUCACCAAGGCUUCUUUCAGAGAGCCAGUGGCAGUCAGUGCAGACCAGCCUUUCCCAACAUGGUACCCUACAGAUGUUUUGGACUACAAAUCCCAUCAACCCCAGAUGACAUGACUAAAGCUUAGGAAUGAUGGGAGAUGUAGUUCAAAACACCAGGGAGAGCAGCAAGUCAAAGGCUUGUGUAGACAAUACAGAGCUAGGUGGAUCAGCAAUCUGGUUCCACAGCCUCCUAUAAUCUCUUAAAUGUAAGAAUUUACUACAGGAAGCCUAGAAGCUUUUCUCCGCUCUUGGGAUAACUUGGUAAGGUUGCCAUCUCUUUUCUCGCAAAGCAGAACCUUUUAACAGAUGUACAUCUAUUAGAUUUCUGCCCAUUGUAGAACUACUAACAAGUAGAAGAGGCCCAUCAGAGAAGAAAUGAAUUGGUAACCCAUAGUCUGCCCCGCCCCCCCCCCCCAAAGCACAGGUCUCCUCUUCCCUUCAGACAGAGAUAUUGCUUGUGGCAGCAAGAUGUUGAGUAGUCAUUGUGCCCUAAGAAGCUAACUGUGUUCAGGGGGAAGAGGGCGUAGUGUCCUCUCUCCCUCUAUCAGGUUGGUAACUUCUGGUUUUCCUUUGCAGUAUCCCUUUGUGGGGUGGAGUCUUGAUCACCAUUGUGGACACUUUCUUUUUCCUCUUCUUAGAUAAAUAUGGUAUGUAUCCUGUACAGGGGGAAAUAGUUGAAUGUGUGACUCAGUCAGCUAGUGAAGUGUUUCAAAGGUUACAAGGGGAUUUCUUGAGGAAAUGUGCUUGUUGCAUAACAAAGAGCACUCAAGCUAAAAGUUAAUGAUUUCUGAAGCAGGUUUGAAUCCCAACACCUCCCCUAAUGAGCUUGCUUUGGCCUCUUCUGUUCCUUCCCAGGUCUCAGAAAGCUGGAAGCCUUUUUUGGUCUUCUCAUCACAAUCAUGGCACUGACAUUUGGCUAUGAGGUAAGCCCACACAUCCCCAGGCUCCACUGCAAACAAUGCCUUCAUCCACUCUCCUCCAUUCUGGCCAGGGCCUGACCCUUUAGAUCUGAGAAGAGCACUGUCAGGUCACCUCAGGGGUCCAUCUAACCCUCCCCAAACUGUUGCCCUCAAGAUAUUUUGAACUGCAGCUCCCAUCAGUCCCAGCUACCAAGGCUAUAUUGGCUAGGGCUGAUGGGAGUUGUAGUCCAGAACAUCUCAAGGCUGAUCUAAUUGGUGGUUUUGAAAAACUGGAUUCCUCCAGGAAGCUCAUAAGAACAAUAUGAAGGCAGCAACACACCCACACACUGCAGCCAAUAUUAUUUGUCCACAGUGUUUGGUAUUCUGAGGUACUCUAGUGUUGUCUCUGAAUGCAGAGGUUCCAAUUACCUGUCAUGGCUACACAAACAUUUACAUAGUUAGACUCUACGGAUUUGUCGAGUGCUAUUUUUCUAGAAAAAGAGUUACCAGAAUGCAAAUGAACACAAUGGCGUCCACCUUAGAGUUCCAGCUGGAAAGAAGAUUUGUUUAAUAGUUUUUUUAAAAAUCAAUCCAGGGUAAUGAACACAUCAACAAUGAGUAGCAAUGAAUACCUAAGUUAAUAGUACACUCAAACUACAAGUGUUGGAAAAGAUUUUUGUGUGUACUCCGAUAUCAUAGCAUUCAAACAGUGGAGCUAAGUUAAAACUGAGCAUGUUUACCUGGACUUUGCUCCGCAUUCAAAAGGGAUUUUCCCAGGAACCUUUACAUGGCUCUACCCCCUCCUGUUCCUUGAGUGACUCCCAUUUUAAACAUGCAAGAAUUACAGGCUGGAGUGUAAAAGGAAACCUAACCCCAUUGCAAAUAGGGAUGAGAGGGUGAGAUUUUCACACUUCCCGAAAUAAUACACAAUCUGAAAUAUAGUACACUGAUCCCAGGAAAUUCGCACUUCUCUGAAUUUUGCGGUGCCAUUCUGCAACAAAACAAUUACUUAUAACAAUGGGUGAAAAUGUGCAUACAGAAUGCAUAUGUUAGUGAAAAUGAGCUACAAAAAUAUACUGGGUGAAAUUGCUUGCAAAAUUAAGUAUAUUGUGCAAAAUUACAAAUAAAAAUUAGGAGAAGUGUACACCAAAACGCUGAUAAAUCUUCAUGAUGAACUUUAAAAAUAAUAAUUGCAAAUUGGUGCAGAAAUGUGGUGAAAUAAACAAGGCUGGGAAACAGAGAAAAACUGAGAGUGACAGAUUUGCCCCACUCCUCAUCAACCUUGCUGUUUCAGCUUUGCAAACUGCCUUCAGAGCGCGCGGCCUGACCCUUCCUUCCUUUUCCCUUCUGCAGUAUGUGGUAGUGCGUCCUGACCAGGGAAAGGUGAUGAAGGGGAUGUUUCUCCCCAUUUGCAAGGGCUGUGGACACAACGAACUUCUACAGGCCGUGGGACUGGUUGGAGCCAUCAUCAUGCCCCAUAACAUCUACUUGCACUCUUCCCUCGUGAAGGUCAGUCGUAGGAAACUCCUAGUCUUGGAUAAGAAGGUUUCUUGGCUGUCUUCAGACCUGUCUUCCCAUUCAUUCAUGGGGGAGGCAUGUGCGCAGUCUCAACAAACAUGUACUCCCAAACUCACAACAAUGAUUACAAAUGCAGAAGAAGGGAGACCUUGCAGGGAAGAAUUGACAAAUGAGAAGGGAAAGUGGCCAGUCCUUCCCUUGGUCACCCAUUCUUCCCUUGAAGGGCCUUCUGGUGGUUCCCUCACUGCGAGAAGUGAAGUUACAGGGAACCAGGCAGAGGGCCUUCUUGCCAGUGGCACCCUCUCUGUGGAAUGACCUCCAAGCAGAUGCCAAGGAGAUAAAGAACUAUAUAAGUUUUAGAAGGCAUCUGAAAGCAGCUCUGUAUUGGUGUUUUUGGUGUUUGAUGUUUGAUUAUGUUUUUAUGUGUGUUGAAAGGUACACAGAGUAGCUGGGGUGACCCAGCCAGAUGGGCGAGGUAUAAAUAACAAUGUUGCUGUUGCGGUUGUUGCUGCUGUUAAGGCUGUCCCUUCAUCUAAUUUUACUUGUAAUUUGGUGCUUUUGCUGGGGGGAAAGGCUAAAUAUUACUAUCUGUAAAGGAACAUUUGCAAGGAAGAAUCAGUUGGUGGAGAAAAGAUUAACCCCCCCCCCUUAACGUAUAUGGAACUAGGUAAGAGAGUGGGGUAGCUGACAGAAAGUGUAACUCCACAACACAGAGCAAAAGCACAGAUUGAGAGGAUCUGACUCAGCAAACAGCGCAUAGACAUGGAGCAUGAGGAAGUCCAUUUACUUGUUUCAUAAAACACACUGUUAUAAGUGGUUGCAAACACUAUUUCUAACAUGGUGGCAGAGGUUUAGAAGUGGAUCCUGGCUGAAGCAGUGCAGCACAAACAAAUAAAACUGCAAGGACAUUUGCGUCCCACUGGCCAAAGCUACUACAGUGGUACCUCAGGUUACAUACGCUUCAGGUUACAGAUGCUUCAGGUUACAGACUCUGCUAACCCAGAAAUAGUGCUUCAGGUUAAGAACUUUGCUUCAGGAUGAGAACAGAAAUCGUGCUCCGGCGGCACGGCGGCAGCAGGAGGCCCCAUAGGCUAAAGUGGUGCUUCAGGUUAAGAACAGUUUCAGGUUAAGUACGGACCUCCGGAACGAAUUAAGUACUUAACCCGAGGUACCACUGUAAUCUAUCCCAGCCAUGGAAGCACAGGAGAGAAGAGUCUGAACUGUAUCAACAUCUUGCAUUAGAAAGAAAGGGAGGGAAGGAAAAAAAUUCUGUACAGACCUGCUGAUCCUACCCUGCAAAUGCCCCUCCAAUUAACUAUGGAAGGGCUAUUGCGGAAGAGCAUCUUCCCAGAUAAGGUUGGGAAAAGCUCCUGCCAGAAAUCCUGUAGAGCUGCUGCCAGUCAGUGUGGACAGUACUGAGCUAGAUGGAACAAUGGUCUGACAAAGGCAGCUGGCUAUGUUUCUAAGCAUGAGAUUGGAAUCCUGUGUUUUCCUUGGAACAUGUAGUACCUUAAUUAGGUUUUGGUUUGUUUUUUUUAAAUAAUACUUUAGGGAUGGUUUAUUCCAUUUCUUCUGUGUUGGAAUAAAUAAUGGGCAAUAUUUUUAACCAGAACAAGCAAACAGUUGUUUCGAAAGCACCUUGCCUCCGCUGAAGGGAGGUCUUGAAUGUUGCCCAAUGAGGGAAUUUUGAGCCAGCCCAUAAUAAUGGAAAGGGGAAAAUAAAUGCCAUCUGAAGGGAGGGUUCUCCUUAUUUCUCUUAUUAAGGUGAGCUCACAGCCUGAGGUUAUAUGAUAGGAAUUUAGGAAAAACCGACUUCCGGGUUGGCGCCUCCUGCAAUGGCGGAGCUCCUCCAUUCGGGAGGAACUUGCUCCGUGAAAAACAGGGUCUGACCGCCACGGCGAAGGUGGAGACCCAUUGAAAUCACAAGCGGGAGAAGCUUGUGAACCUGGGAUUCGGCUGGCACCUUUUGCGCCUCCCCUACUCGCGGGGAAACCCUGUUUGGGGGAUCCGAAGCGACGUGCGGUGAGUGGCGCGGUGCUUUGAAUCGACUGCUUCUUUCACGGAGUGAAGCUGCAUUGCUGUUGCUGGAGAGCGCUGACUUUUUCCUGUGGACAAUUGGAUUUUAAACAACUACCCGUGAGUAGAAUGGAAAAUUGGACUUUUAAAUACCUUAAUUUGGCACUGAAGCGGGAAGGUCAUAAACAGGAAGUCCGCCUUCCGUUUUUGUAAAUAGACUGAAGCAAAGACGUUACAAGUUAAAGUCUUUGAAAGCUUUUGGCAAAGGAUUAAAUUUCCAUCGGUUUAAAAUACAAAACCCCCCUUGGAAGCAGGAGAAGAGGGGGAAAUUUUGGACCUAGUGAGCCUGCAGGAGAGAGUGAAAAAUCAAAUUACCACUGCUCUGAACCUGGGAACGGGCUGCCAGAUGACGUUUGGAGAGAGUGCAUUGACAGAACGGAUUUGACAGCUAGCUAAAUAAGAGUAAGAUACUGUUUCCAUUGUCCUCCUCUGCAUUUAAAAAAGAGGAAAAGUAACUGAAAAUCAAAACUAUCUUUAAUGCUUGAGUUGUGCCUGAAAGAACUGAUACAAGUGGAGACUGUUUCCCUCUAGAGGGAGCUUUUGAAACUGUUACAGGAGUGUAACUGGGGGAUUUCCAGCUGCAGAUAAGGAUUCUGAGAACCAGAGAUUGACCUUGGACCAUUUAAAAAUGUUGACAGGAGAGGCCAUUGUGACUGUUUUAUGUAAGAUAAGCUGUUCGCUGGGACAGCUUCACAAGAAGAUGGAUGACAUGACUUUUAAAGUUGAUAAUUUGGAACAGAAAGUGACUAAUUUGAGUCAAAAGCGAACACCAACACAGAAAUAAUUCAGGACUUGGUACAGGAAUCCAUUUUGGCAGGACAAAUGGUGGAGGAGAAGGAGGAGAAGGAGAAAGCUGCUGUUGCUGAACAUAAAGUAAUACAAGCAGGAUCCGUGGCUUUACAGAAGCAAAUUGAGGACUAUAAGUUGAGGCCUUUUAUGAUUGAAUCUAGGAAAAGUCAGACUUUGAGGAAUGGAUCCCGGCUUGGAUUAAAGAAGGAAAGUUGGAAAGAUCCCUCUAUGCAGGGAUUAACUGACUUUUGGGGCAUGGACUCGGGCCUGGAGGAGAUUGAAGUUUUGGGGGCCUUUGGAUUUGGAGGAAUCUUGAAAUAUGCCCUGAAAUACUUUAUGGACUGUAGCCUCAACUAUGGAAACUUGGCUGAUCUGUUCAGAAGGAAGAAAAGGAUUGACAGGUUGGAGUUUCCCCGAGAUUUGCUCUUUAGCAUUAAAGAAAAUGAAGAAGACCUGCAGAAGGGACUUGGAAAAGAGUUAAGAGCCUUGGACAUAAGAUCACCAGGUUGAUGGACUUUAUGGAGUUGACGGAAAGGACUGGCAGAAUCCGAAACCAGGGAGAGGAGAUGGUGGAAGAAGAUUAGAAAAUUUAAAGUUUAUAUAUAGACAUAUGGUAAAACUAAUGAGUGAUAGAAAAAUGGUGGAAUGUUUUUUAUGGGCUUAGCAGAAAUGUUAUAAGGAGUUAAGCAUAUAUAAGUAUUUUAGUUUUAAUGGAAAAUAAGGUUAAAAAAUACGUUAUUUACAAUAUGAUAGAAAAUGGAGAAAGAUGGAAAGGAUUUGCUGAAACAAUUAAUAGAAGUGGAAUACAAAAAGGGAGGUGAGAGGAGGUCGAGGAAACAAGGGAAUGAAAGAUAGAGUACGGAAAGGGAUGAUGUAUGUUUUUAAAUUGUUUUUGUUUUGUUUUAUUUAGGGUUAAGGUUAGGGAGUGGGGUUUGUUUAGUUUAGUUUAAUGUGUUUAGUUUUGAGUUUAGGUUGUGUUUUGCAUUGUUUAUAUACUGUACUGUAUUGUUUUUUUGUUUUUUUUCCUUUUUGCUUUUCUCCUUUGUCUUUUUUUCUGUUUUUCUUUUCCCUUUUUGUAAUCUAUAAAAGUAAUAAAUAUUAUUUUAUAUAUAUAUAUAUAUAUAUAUAUAUAUAUAUAUAUAUAUAUGAUAGGAAUUUAGGAAAAGCCAUCCAUGCAGCCACAAGAACAGCCCCAGCCACAAUGUUUCCUGGCUCCAGUACCUUUGGGAGUGGGGGGUUAAGGAGUACUCAUGUGAUAGAGCUAUGAGACACUGUCUGCUUUCUCCACAGACCCGAGACAUUGACCGCGCUGACAAAAAGGCAGUGAAGGAGGCCAACAUGUACUUUCUGGUUGAGUCGACCAUUGCUCUCUUCGUUUCCUUCCUCAUAAACCUCUUCGUUAUGUCUGUGUUUGGAGAGGCCUUCUUUCGUAAACAGAACCAUGAUGUGGUGAGUGACAUAGCGUUGCGUUGCCCCCAGGCCCUGCUCACUUGAGAGUGGUUGGGACUUAAGGUCCCAUAGUUCCUCCGCUAUCACUUCAGAGUUCUUAUUUCACUACAUUACCCAUGAGUGGAUGGCGUGUGGUUGGAAAGGAAGAGUGAUGUUUCUCUUUAGCCAGUCAGGGAUUGGCCAACUUCUUCCUCUUUGCUCAUUCCAUCAAACUUCCAAGGGUGGAGCUGACUUUCUUAGCAGUGAUACUACUAGGACAACAAAUUAGGGCAGCAGUGGGGAACCUCUGAGCUGCAGACUGAACAAGGCUUGGCACAGGUCCCAAAUUAGCCUGAGAGGCUAUUCCACAAAAACCACAGCUGCCUAGUGUCAUGUGUGGGGCAGGUACAGACAAAGCUGCAAAGGAACUUAAGUGGAGUUUUUGAUUGUUCCUUUGCACGUGGGAGUCCCUGUCAAUGCUAGGAAGCAACUGCACUAAUCAGUUUCCCAUUGGAAACUUCUUAGGGCAACCAAAGGGGGUUGCUUUCUCCAUUUGGAGGAAACAGAUGAGGUCUGUAAAAGGGUAGGAAUGCCCCAUUUGGACUGCCACUCUUCCCCUAAUUGAGGCAGUGGCCUUGUGGCCCAGCUAGUCUCAUUCAUGAGUGCCUGUGAGUACCGCAGUGCAAAAUGAAUACUGUCACUAAAAAUGAUGUGUGCCUUUAUUUUAAGGGAUAUACACUUUGUAUUACAUGCAGCAUAGGCCUAGUGUUUUCCCCUUGUGGACUUUUGAUUUGGAAACUCCUGCUAUGAACCAGCUGGAAUUAUUCUUCCAGAGUUAAGAAACCUCCCGGUUUAUGUCUCUGAGUUGUCAUCUGCUCUGGGGCAGUGCAUUCAUUCAAGAAAGAGGGGAAUAGCUUUGAAUAAAGAGGGACAGGACCCAAGUGUUUAGCUGUUUAAGGCAUAUUUGGCUGCAUAUACACCAUAUAUUUAAAGCACAUUCCUCCCAAAGAAUCCUGGGAACUGUCAUUUACCCCGCAGAGUUAAAAUUAACAGUACACGUAACAAACUACACUUCCCAUUAUUGGUCUUUCAGGGGAGAGAUGUGCUUUAAACUUAUGGUGUAUAUGCAGCCAUUCCUGGUGGCUGUGCUCUGAGGCAUUCUUCCUUGUAGACUUGUCUCUAUGGGCCAUCAGCGCGUGGAAAUAUUUUGCCCUGACCUUCUAGUGCAAAGGAUGUGACCUUUCUGAGGCCCCAAUGGAUGUCCUUUAAAAAAUUAUCUUCAUUUUAUUCCGCCCAUGUAUGACAGCAUGAAAUCUGUUCCAAUGCCAGCAUUUUCGCCAAUGGCAGCCUCUUCCCAAACUUUCCUGACAACAAUGAAACUGUCUCCGUGGACAUCUUCCAGGGGGUAAGUUUUUGGCGGAAUGAUGCCCAUUUCCCCAGCUUGAAAGAAGUUGAAAGAAGAUUAGCUUGCACAUAAAUAUAGGAAAACAAUGGUGUCUAGCUUUUACGAGUAUCAGUGCUUCACUUAGGGUAGCCACUUACCGCCAUCCCAAAACAAGAAGGCAAACCAAUGUGCAUCAGAUUUGCACAUGCUAUUUAAUAUAUGUAGGUCCCAAUGCAGAAAUAAUUACUAUAAUUUAGAUGGAAAUAUGAUGCAUAUCACUGCAGUGGGGAAGACUGGCUGGGUAACCUGUGCAUCUGCCCAGUCUGUCGUUUGGCUGCUAAGUAUGGAUGAGCUGCUUCUAGGCCCCCUUUGCUGCUCUCCCAUCUCAGCGUUCUUUACUGCACUUUAAACUGGACUUGGACUGGGCAGCCCUUCAGACAGAGAACACCUUCCCAAAACAAAAUGAACUGUCUUCCAAAUAAAGAACGGUACUCUGUAAUGUAGGACACCUGGUCACCCUGGCUUAACUAUCUGCAUCCCAUUUAUCUGUGUCUUUUCCUGCCCAGGGACUCAUCCUGGGAUGCUACUUUGGCUCCAUUGCUCUCUACAUUUGGGCCAUUGGGAUCCUUGCCGCAGGCCAAAGUUCAACCAUGACAGGGACAUACGCCGGGCAGUUUGUGAUGGAGGUGAGAAACUAUGUGGGGCUGUCUUCUGUGGGGCUGGUUAAUCCUGAUUUUGAUAGAACCUUGCAGGCAAGUUCAAAGGUGUGGCUCUGCUACGUGCUGCUCAAACGGAAAAAAACGGUUGUCGAUAUUAUUGUGGCGUGUGCUGAAAAAGAAAAGCAAUAGUUAUUGUUAGUAUUAUUCGUGUUGUUAUUAGGAUGGUGAUGUGAUGCAAUCCUACAGCCAACAUUUGGCUCACUUGGAAGCAGGGCUCCAGGAAGCAGUGUGAAUGCUGCUUCCCUCAUUUGGGGGGGGUAGCUUAAAGUCUCAUCUGAUUGGCAGCACUGAAAAGCACCUGAAGUCCUGAUGGUCAUCACCUGAUGUCAUAGCGGCACCAGUUGAUUGACAGGUGGGCAACCUUGCUCAACUGUCAAAUUUGGCAUGUGGGGGCUGGGGUGAGGAUCUUGCUUGCUGGGCUUAGAGCAACAUGAGUAUUAGGCUGCAGUGCCACUGCUUAGUCCAAGAAGGUAACAAGCAAUGAUAAAGACAAGACUUCUCUGUGAACGUACAAAGUAACUUUUCCUCACCACGACUGACCACAUCCUGUCAGUACAGUUUGCCUGCAUCUACCUUGUCAGGGGAGCCACUGUUGUGCAGGAUCAAGACCCUCUGCUUGAGCAGCAAAGUUUUGAGCCGUAACUGAUCCGUUUUUUGCUGUUCCACUAUUCACGAAAGGCCAGAAACGCUAUGUUUCCAAAAGGCUUUCUGUAUGAUGGUUAAGAAAAUGUGCCUCUUUUGCAAGGCAGGGCAGGACCUUAUUGCAAAACUGCAGUCUGUAAGUCAAGCCACAGCAGGCUGAAGGCAUAGCUGCAUUUUUAUUGUGAAACAACCCACACUCAUGUGGUAAAUAGGUUGUGGGUCAUGCACUCUACAGUUGUAGUGCUGACAUCUAGCGGGAAGCUGCUCCACCUGCAAGUCUACCCAUAGGAAGAGGCCUCCUGGAUCCGAUGGCUGAGGCUGUUUUGAGGCAGGUGGAUCCUAGAGCUAGCCAGUUAUAGUUUCACAUUCUAAACCACAAGCAGAAGUGCAGUUGACUUCCAGGAGUAUUUCAUUUUUUUCUUUGUGUACACACCGGUGGGUGUGACAUACUUCCUCUCAGUGGGUCAGAACUUGAAUCUGAAGCUCAGCACACAUUUACAAAGAUCCAGUGAUUGCCAUUGGAUGAUCCUCCUUAAUUUUUAAUACCAGUCUCCUAAUUUUUGCCAAGAUGUCAUAAUUUUUAAAUGAAAAAAGUUAUAGUGAUACACAACCAUAAAACAAUUUAUUUAAACAGAAUGUUCCUUAAAAAAAAUAAUCAGCAGCAUUGCAGCAUGAUGGUUAAUGGCAGCGAGCAAAAAGUGUUGUUUUUCAAAAUCAUUUUAAAAAGUGAACAUUGUAGCAUAAGGGUGUUAUAGUGCUACACAUAAAUUUCAUUAUAUAAUGGAAAAGCAUUUUAUUCAUAAUUGAAAUAUAUUUUUAUAUAUAAAAAGGCAGGGUAGUAGAAUGGUAUGCACAGUGUCUGCUGAACUGUGGUAAGUUCACUUUCCUGAUAGAUCAUGGCCUAUUUUAAAAUCCUGUCCUUUAAAAAAUAAUAAUAAUAUGCAAGAGUCAUGUUAAAGGCACUUGUAGACACUGUGCUACUCUCUUUUUUUAAAAGUGUCUUUCUGUGAUCUGAGAAAAGAUGGGAAAACUACAGAGAAAAUGCAUGACAAUGCUUGGAUCACAGUGUUGUGUGGAUGAGUGGACAAAGCAUGGCAAUUCCACACUAAAUGCCUGGACUGGAAGCACCCCUAAGGUCCAUCUAGUCCAGACUUCUGCAUCCGCAAUACCCAACCAGAUGCCUCCAGGAAGCUUACUGCACAAGCAAGGCACAAAGCCAAGGGUCUCUUUGUUCCCCAGGAACUGGUAUUUAGAGGCAUGCUGCUUCUUUUCCAUGGAGGUUUGCCCAUCACGUCCACCAUCAUCUUCAUCUAUCAUGUGACAGUUAAUUUCUCCUACUUAACUGCUCUGGUCCAGCACAAAUGUGUGGUUGCACUAUGGGCAUACCAGACAGAAGUGAGGAAAUGCAUUUCUUCCCUCAACUUAGAAGUUCAGAAAGAUAGCAGUGGGGACCACCUGCUUAAAAAAUAUUAGCCCAUGCUUUCAGAGUGCGGAUGAUUCAGUAUACUAGUAACGUCAAGUUUUACAGUUACUGUUCAGGGGGUACGUUUGUUCAAAGGGAGGUCAUCUUCCCCAGUAGAGAGGCAUGUAGAGACUGGAGUGGUUUUCCCCUUGUUAUUUCCUCAGCUCUUCACCUUUUUCUGGUGACUUAAAUUGGCCGCCAGGUGGCAGCCUUUUUCAAGACCAGUGUGUCAAGCAGAGGGAAGAGGAUCUUGGAUGAAUAGCAUGUGCUUCAAUGGGUGAAGGUGUGUUGACUUCUGUAAACCCAGGAGCUGCUUUUUCCCCUCCCCUCUCAGGGCUUCUUGAAGCUUCGCUGGUCUCGCUUUGCCCGGGUGGUCUUCACUCGCGCCUUCGCUAUCCUUCCCACGGUCUUCGUUGCUGCUUUCAGGAGGAUAGAAGAUUUGACGAGCCUGAAUGACGUUCUCAAUGUGCUGCAGAGCAUCCUGGUGAGAUGUCCGAAACACACACACACUGCAGCGCUCUGUAAGCAGGAGACAUGACCGGCUGAGGAGCCCCAUGUCAAUUGCCCAUACCUCUCUUCCUUACUAGGACUGAAACUGCCAUUAGGCAGUGAGGCAGGGGCCUCAGGAAUCUGCCCUGUGAAACCCCCUCCAUCUCUGUCAUUCUAGAAAUCUAUUAUUUCAUACUGGCCUGUUGAGUAGCUCCUGUGCAUGUAGAAGUGUCACAGGAAAAGGCAAGAUACCUUCAGGUUCCAAGGGCUGGGCUAGUAUGGUAUGGUGGUUGGAAUGUUGGACCAGGACCUGGGAGGCCAGAGUUCGAAUCCCCACUCAGCCAUGAAACUCAUUGGGUGAUUUGGGGGCCUGUCACUGCCUCUCAGCCUAACCUACCUCACAAGGUCGUUGUGGGGAUUAAAUGAGGAGGGAGAGAACCACUUACACCACCUUGGAGAAGAAGCUGGGAUAUUAAUGGAAUAAAAUGAAUAUAGGACCGGCAUGGGUUGGAAAGGAGUAGGAAUGACCAAACAGGCAGCAAACAUUUUUGUGGUCCUCAAGUGAAAAUAAGUGGUUGCAAAAUAAGUGGUGAAGAAAGAACAGACGGCAGUAUUCAUUUUGAAAAUAUGCCUCCACACUCACCCCUGUUUCUCCUUCUGUUCCAGCUACCUUUUGCUGUCAUACCUGUUCUCACCUUCACCAGCAUGCAGCCUCUCAUGCAGGACUUUGUCAAUGGGAUGUAAGUUGCUCCAUAGAGAAGCUCGUUUUGUGAGGAGUUAUUUCCCUAAGGAAGGAUGUGUAUGCUCCCAUUGCCAAUGUUUGAUUUGGAACGUUCUUAGUACAUGCAAUGCACUCUACAAUAUCCAUGACCUGAUUUUGCUGCAUCUGCCACCCAGGGCACUUCCAGACUAAUUUUGGUUGGGAUUCAAUGUCAUACUGGCAAACACAGGUCAGACAGUUAUAAUUGCCUGGAAGGGUCUUGCACAACAAAGCUGCUUCCCCCAAAAGGUAGUUUUUGCAGUAAGGAAAGUGAGGAGCAAACAUACUGGAAAGUGGCAUCAGGACCCUCCCAGGUGUCCUUUUCAUUGUGCAUAGAUGAUGAUUUAUGCUCAUGAUGCUAUCAGGGUGGUCACACAAUCCGGCUUGCAGUCUUAUUUGUGCCUGCAAAUGUUUUGGCACAGUCAUACUACUGCUGCUUCACUCAGUGCCUACUCUGUAACUUUUCGGUGAACUCUCGUAACUUUUCAUAUGAGAAAUGUUCUUCAGAGCAAUGGGGAUCCCUUGGAACCUCUUAGCCCUCUCACAUUUGUGUGCCAGUCCAUCAGCAGUAGUUAUUUAUCUCCCUUUGGAUACCUGUCAGGGAACUGCCAUCGGACGGAAGGGAGGUGAAAGGGCUCACACAGGUUGGGAGAGACGCAGCAGCUGAAGAGGGAAACAACAGGGAGGUGAAAGGGCUCACACAGGUUGGGAGAGACGCAGCAGCUGAAGAAGGAACCAGCAGGGUGAGUGGAGCUGAGCUGGAGGGAUGGCUCAGAGACACUUCCAGCGAAACCAGUGGGGAGGUUUCAGAACCUCCUGUAAGAACACCCACUCCUCGCCGGAAACUGUCACGCAGAGAUUCCAGAAGACGUGUUUCCGUUAAGGAGCUUUUAUGUUGGAAGCGAUUACGAAAGCAACCACUGUCGGAAUCUGCUAGUGACUAGAGCAGCCAUGUCUGAGGGGCUCUGUCACAGACAGAGGUUUGUGGACUUGAACAAACUCUGAGGGAAUACGAUUUUACGCACAAGCAGCUCAUCAUCCCAUCACAGCAUUCCGACAGUCUUUGAAAGCAGCUUGUGCAGGAGAAGGCAUCAUGAGCAACCCAGCCGGAACUGGAGAAGCAGGAGCUGGAGCGGGUCCAAGCCUGGAAGAAAGGUACCAGAUGUUGGAGGUCCAGCUAGCGAUGCAGACGGCGAGGCUGGAGGAGAGGAGGGCUCAGGAUGCAGACAAAGGGGGAAAGCCACCCAGUUCGCCAGAAAGGUACCAGGAUUGGUGCAGAAGUUUGGGGGAGCCCAAAACUAUCAUGGUUUUCGGACAGAAAUGCAAUAUGCCCUCAAUCUGCAGUUUGAUGAAUUCCUGACGAGGAAUCACGAGUGGCUUUCGUGAUUGAGCAUCUUGAAAAGGGGGCGAGAGACUGGGUUAGACCCCUGAUGGCAGCGAAUAGUGACGUCUUAAAGGACACGAUGAAGUUCUUUCGCGCCAUGGAUCUGAUGUUUUCCAGCGAUAUUGAAAAGGGAGUGGUGCGCAGACAGUUAAUGGGUUGCAAACAGGGGAGCCGAUCUGUCCGUGAGUACUGGACUGAGUUCACCAUGCUUGUUCACAGAUUGGGGUGGGACUUAUCGGCGGAACCCAUUCAAAUGCUCUUUGAAGAAGGGCUUUCUUCGGCUGUGAAAGACGAACUUUCCCGGGCGCCCAGGGCGGAGUCUAUGGACCAGCUGACCAAAUCAGCGCUGGCCAUAGGAGCGCGCCAGGAGGCGAGAGCAUUGGAGAGGCGGGAAGGGAAAGGGGAACGUUGGAAGGAGUUCCGCAUUCCAGACAUUCCAGAGCCAACUUUCCCACCGGCAGAGCCGAUGGAAAUCGGAACAGCGCGCGCGCGCGCAGUUUCAAAGCCCAGUGAGGGGGCAAAGAAGGAGGGAAAAGGCGCCCGGAAAUGCUAUCUCUGCCAACAGCCAGGUCACUUUGCCAGAGUCUGCCCCCAGAGGAAAGAAUGGCAAGGGAUGGUAGGAGCUGUGGAUGGAAGAGAGGAAAAAUACCGGAGCAAGUAAAGCCAACGCCUGGCUGCCACUGUCAGGCACAGCAGCCAGGCCAAAGAGCAGUGAGAGUGCCCACGCCAGAACCUCCUAAACCCGCCCUAGUGAUAGAAGUGACGCUAGAGCUGCCAAACGGACACCCUCUAAAGAUAAAGGCGCUGUUGGACUCAGGCAGCUCCUGCAAUUUCAUGAGCAAAGAGUUUGCAGCUGAACACCAGAUACAGACAAUCCUUUUAAGCAGCCCCUGCAGGUUACCACGAUCGAUGGCAGGGAGCUGUUGGGUGGAGAAGUCAGCUUGCAGACCGUCCCAAUGAUAAUGAAGGUAGCAAGGCACACCGAACUGAUAGCUUUUAAUGUGGCCACCUUGGGAGGAGCUCCCAUUAUAUUGGGGAUGAGCUGGCUAGCGUUACAUGAUCCGCUGGUGGGCUGGCAUCAGAGAGUGGUUUCUUUUGGUUCAGCACAUUGCUUAGAACACUGCAAAGAGGGAAAGGGUUUGGCAGGGGUCCAAGCCGCCCUAGCAGGGACUGAAGUAACAGAGAACGUGAAGGUACCACGACAAUAUGCAGAUCUCCGUGACGUCUUCAGCGAAAGGGAAGCUGACCAACUACCCCCGCAUAGACCCUUUGACUGUCAAAUCAACUUACUCCCUGGAGCACAGCUCCCUGUAGGCAAGCUGUACGCCAUGUCAGACAGAGAGAUGCAGGAGUUAAGAGAGUUCAUUGACAAGAACCUGAAGAGAGGGUUCAUCAGAGAGUCCAGGGCGGUGGGGGCAGCCCAGUGUUUUUUGUGGAUAAGAAAAACACGAACAAGCCGAGGCUGGUGUGUGACUUCAGGGCCUUAAAUGCAGUGUCAGAACCAGUAGCCUUCCCUAUGCCCAGGAUUGACGACAUUUUGACAAGGGUGCGGAAGGGAAAGAUUUUCACAAAGCUGGACCUAAGGGGGGCGUACAACCUGGUACGAAUAAGGAAGGGGGAUGAAUGGAAAACCACUAUGUUCACCCCUUUAGGGGCAUUUGAAUAUUUGGUUAUGCCCUUCGGCCUACAAGCAGGCUCCGCAACAUUUCAAUCGUUUAUGAACCACGUCCUGGGGCCUUUGCUUUACAAGAAUUGUGUGGCCUUUUAGACGACGUGUUGGUGUAUUCUGAGAAUGAGGAGCAGCAUGUGAGAGACGUCAGAGAAGUGUUGAGCAGGCUGCAAGCCAACCAGCUGUGGGUGAAACUGGAGAAGUGUCAGUUUCAUACCAAGGAGGUGGAAUUCCUGGGGUAUCGCCUGUCAGACAAGGGAUUGGCCAUGGAUCCCGGCAAGGUCCAGGCGGUACUGGAAUGGAAAACACCCAAAACAAAGAAGGAUGUGCAGAGGUUCCUAGGAUUUGGGAACUUCUAUCGUAAGUUCAUCCGAAACUUUGCCCACCUGACGGCGCCCAUUACGGACUGUCUCAGCAGUAAGAAGAAGUUCGUGUGGACUGAGGAGGCGGAGCGAGCAUUUGAGGAACUAAAAAGGGCCUUCGCCUCGGAACAACAACUCCUGCAUGUGGAUUUACAAAACCGAUGAGAGUGGAAACUGACGCAUCAGACAGAGCGAUUGGGGCGGUGCUUCUGCAGCCAGGCAAGAAGGGGUCAGAGUGGAGACCGUGUGCCUUUUUUUUCGCGAAAGCUGAACAAAUCCGAGAGGAACUACACGGUGUAUGACCGAGAACUACUAGCCGUUUAUGAGGCGUUCCGGAGAUGGAGGCACCUGCUAAUUGGCGCACAACAUAAGGUGCAAGUGUGCACCGACCACAAGAACCUAGAGUAUUGGAGGACGGCACGAGUGCUCAACCAACGGCAAGUGAGAUGGGCCCAGGAGUUCUCCAAAUUUAACUUUGAGAUUAGUUACGUGCCAGGCCCAGAGAACAUUAGGGCGGACGCUCUCUCACGCAAACCUGAAUAUUUGGAGGGGAGGGGCACCCGAAGAGAGACAUGUCAUUCCAGAAAACCGCUGGGUCUGUGGGGCGGCAUUGGUGGGACAAAGAGAACUGGUAGAGGAAACAGAGAAUGAUGAAUACGCCCAGAAUAAGCUCAGAGGUCUUAGGGGUGAUGGAGAGGAACCAGGGGGUUUCGAGGAAAGAAAUGGAGCUUUGUAUUACAAAGGGGCACUGUAUAUCCCUGAAGGAGAGUUAAGGGGGAGGGUACUCAAGCAGUUGCACGACAGCCCUACGGCGGGGCAUUUUGGACAACACAAAACCAUGUGGUUGGUCACCAGGGAAUUUUGGUGGCCUAAGGUGAGGGAAGAUGUACGUGAGUAUGUAAGAGGGUGCGAGCAAUGCCAGCGAGCCAAAGGGGAAAGGCGGGCGCCGGCGGGGCUAUUAGAACCCUUACCAACCCCAGAACGACCUUGGGAGGCAGUGUCGAUAGAUUUUAUGACUGAUCUGCCGAAGUCCAAAGGGAAAACAGCCAUCAUGGUGGUGGUAGACCUACUAACAAAGAUGUGCCACUUUGUAGCUUGCUCGCAUGCAGUCACGGCGGAAGAGACAGCGAAGUUAUUUGUAGAAAACAUUUUUAGGUUGCACGGGGUGCCAUUGAGGGUGGUCUCAGACCGAGGAAAACAAUUUACUUCCAGGUUCUGGAGGAAGCUCAUGAGCUUACUGCAGGUGGAGGUCAAUUUUUCGACUGCCCGGCACCCUGAAACCAACGGGCAGGCGGAAAGAGCAAACGGUGUCCUCCAGCAAUACCUGAGGUGUUAUGUCAAUGACAGAGAGAAUGACUGGGUAGAAAAGUUGGCGCUGGCGGAAUUUGCCUACAACAAUGCCGAGAAUGUGUCCACAGGGAUGAGCCCCUUCUUGGCUAAUUAUGGGUGUCAUCCCAGGGCUUUCCCAGGGGGAGAGGGGGAGAGAUGGAGCGUCCCGGCAGCCGAACAUUUUGUGGAAGAAAUGGAAGCAAUCCAUCGUCAGCUCCAACUCAACUUAGAAAGGGCGAAGGAAGAAUACAAGAGGCAGGCAGACAAGAACCGAAGGGAAGGUGAAACCAUAAGGGUGGGAGAUAGGGUGUGGUUGUCAACCCAAGGGCUGCCGCUCAAAGGAGGUUGUAAGAAAUUAAGACCCAGGAGGUUGGGUCCCUUUGAGGUCAUUCAACAGGUCAACCCAGUGGCUUUCAGGCUCCGGUUACCCAACCACAUGAAACUGCACCCAGUAUUUCACAGGUCGUUACUGUCACCGUACGAAGGGGGACGAGAAGGGCUGGCCACUCCGGGACCGGUCGUAGAAGAAAGAGAAUGCAGCAGCCAUGUGGCUGAAAUUCUCGACGCCAGGUGGAAGGGGGAUCAGGUGGAGUAUUUGGUAGCGUGGGAAGGAGAACCGGAGUCAGAAAACACUUGGGUAAUGGCUGAAGAUAUCAAUGACGAGGUAUUGAUAGAAACGUUCCAUCAAAGGUUCCCAAGGAAACCUCAGCCUGUGGAGAGGUUCCGGAGGGAAUACUUUGGGACCACUGAUGAAGGGGAGGAGUUGGAAGGAUUCCCGGACUCGGAAGGGGAAGGGGAGAUAGACUCUGAGGAGGAGGUGUACUUCGAGACCAGGAACCGCAACAGGUUGAGAGAAGUGUUCGAGACAUCGGAAGAUGAAGGAAGUUCAUUCCGGGUUUUGCCUCCUCACCGCCCGUAGAGGAGGGGGCGAGAGGGGGUGAAGGGGGCCCUGGAGGGGGAGGUGGAUGUCAGGGAACUGCCAUCGGACGGAAGGGAGGUGAAAGGGCUCACACAGGUUGGGAGAGACGCAGCAGCUGAAGAGGGAAACAACAGGGAGGUGAAAGGGCUCACACAGGUUGGGAGAGACGCAGCAGCUGAAGAAGGAACCAGCAGGGGGGGGGGGGUUAGCUGGAGGGAUGGCUCAGAGACACUUCCAGCGAAAACAGUGGGGAGGUUUCAGAACCUCCUGUAAGAACACCCACUCCUCGCCGGAAACUGUCACGCAGAGAUUCCAGAAGACGUGUUUCCGUUAAGGAGCUUUUAUGUUGGAAGCGAUUACGAAAGCAACCACUGUCGGAAUCUGCUAGUGACUAGAGCAGCCAUGUCUGAGGGGCUCUGUCACAGACAGAGGUUUGUGGACUUGAACAAACUCUGAGGGAAUACGAUUUUACGCACAAGCAGCUCAUCAUCCCAUCACAGAUACCAUUUUGAGUGGCCCUUCCUACUGGAAGCUUCUCUUCUAGGAGUCCCCUGCUUGUCCCCUAAAAUCUGACCUGUCGCGGUUAGUAGAUUUAACCAGAGUUUUUGAGUCAGACUCCACAUGGUGGUAGAAGAUGAUGUCAUAAAUUAUUACACAAAUACAGACUUUGGGGGAGGGGGAGGGUUAUAUCCAAAUAAACUGUUGCACGAGUGGAAAGACUUCUGCUAAUGCAGUAGAAUGUCACCUCCCCCACACUGCAGACCCCACCCCCUCUCUGGGGAUUCCCUAACCCCCCAGAGCAGAUUUUGAGGAGGUUGGGAAUAAGAUAGAGGGAAAAUCCCACUGCAUGAUCAGAAGUCAUUGUAUUUUAUUUGUUUGUUUGUUUGUUUAUACAUGCAGAUUUGGAUUCGACCCAAAUUGUCCAUGUUUUGUGAAUGACUUUGAAUACAACUUAUUUGUGGGAAAUGUGGUUUAUAAAUACAUACAUAUAUCUAUACAUACAUACAUGCAUACAUAUAUACUAUAGAAACCUACACAAGCAGAGGGAGGACUGCAACGCUCCUCAUAUUCAUUUAGUUCUUUAAACAGGACCAUCUGCCCCCAGACAAUGAUUGGGGCAGAUGUGGAUGUAAAAAUCUGUGAAUUGACCACCAGGAUUGUUCCAUCUUGAUAGUCAUGAUCUUGAAUAUUCUUCUUCUUUUUUUAACUCCCUCUCCCUCUCUGGUCUUCUUAGCAUUAGCAAGAUCAUUAUGAUCCUCAUCACUGGACUGAUCUGUGCAAUCAACCUGUACUUUGUGGUGACAGCUAUAAUGGGCCUGAAUCAUCUGGCAUACUACAUCGUCAUAUCAUUGGCGCUAGCUGCAUACGUGGCCUUCGUCUGCUACCUGGUAUGAAGAUCAUAGAUAAAAUGGGGCACCAUCUGUAGGGCUGGGCUGGAGGCCCCUCCCAAAUUAUGGUUGAUGAUACAAGGACUAGUAGAUCAUUGAUCUGAUAAGGUUGCUCCUCAUUCUUAGCUUUAAAGGGGAAGAAACUGAAAACAAUUGAAGAAAAAUCCCCAAAGAGGAUAUUAAUCAUUUCCCAUAUCCUAGCCCUAGGAUUAUAUUGCAAACUUGUUAUGAGGAACACCUGCAGAAGUAGGUCUCGGCUAGAUCCUUAUCUCACCCACCCCACGCAUGGGGUGGGUGGGGCUGCCUGUCAAUUGACAUCAUAGUGACACUGUGUGACCCAUUUUUGCCUGCCCAUGGUGCUUUGCAAGCCCUGAUGAUCCACUGAAUAUCAUAGAAAAUGCUGUUUCCCUUUUCCCUGACAAUAACCAUCAACAGUGGAGCCACAUGAGGGUUGGGAAGGUAUUUAUAAAGCAUAGCGCUGCCAUAGCAUCCUGAUGGAGGUGCACAGACCAUUAGCCCCUGGAUAGUGAAGGGGCAGCCCCUGAAGUGAGUGUCUACCGAAGGACAGUGAGGAACCACUGCUGGAUAGACAGAGUCACGAAGAAACAUGGGGGUCUGGUUGAGGCAGAUUGGGGAGAAUGGUUGGGCUGUUAUUUCAGGAAGGAGGAAAACCUGAAGGCUCUUUGGUAUGGUUGUGAAGACCCCAAGUUUGAUGCUGGAUCCUCGUCUUGCUCUUUCUCCAUUCUAGAUUUGGACGUGUCUCAUCUCGCAUGGAGCUCGUUUCCUGGCCCGUGGGCCCCACACUCGAUUCGGUUAUGGGCUGCAGUGAUAGGCCAUCCCUCUCUCACACACGCCAGAGGCUGCUAAAUCAUCCUCCUCCUUCCUGGACUGGAAGCAGCUGCCCCUCUGGAUCUGCUGAAAGGCAGAGGCUCCAGGACACUGGUGUCCACCGACAACAGAUGGACUUAAGCACUAGUAGCUGGCAAUCCAUGGUGGAGCACCUGCUUCGCGUGCAGAAGGUUCCGGGGUUCAUCUCCGGUAUCCUGCAAGGAAUCUUCAGACUCUGCGAAAGAGCUGUGGUCAGCGCCCCCAUGUAGGUGGGCCUGGACUUGACAGGCCAUUGUCCAGUUUCAGCACAAGAUGGUUGUUUGUAUUUUAGCUGGAAUAAACUCUCUUGGGAAGACAGUCCAACGAAUAAACUCUUCUGUUGGCUCCCUACGCUACCCCCUACUCCAAGCUACAUAUAGUGAUGGGAGCAGGGAGGUGCUGUGGCACUGACCUCCAACAGGGGCAUCACUGCUGCUUACUGAGACAGUAAGCACCAGCUGCAAGGUGGUGGUGGCAUCGGGCCCGGUUGGUGUGCGCACCCUGCCCCAACCUCACUGCCCCACUCCUGCAUUGCCAUAAGAACAUGAGAAGAGCCCAGUGGGAUCCGGCCAGUAGCCCAUCUGGUCCAGCAUCCUGCUCUCUCUGUGGCCAGCCAGAUACCCAGGGAAAGCCCACACCUGAGCGCAACAGCAUUCUCCCCUCCUGCAGUUUCUGGCAACUGCCGUUCAGUAGUGUUCCUCCUCUGAAAGUGUCCCAGCAAGGACACUGCCAGGAAGCUGGGCCCUGCCCCUCAGCGGCGUAGCGUGGGUUGUCAGCACCCGGGGCAAGGCAAGUAAUUUGCGCCCCCUAACCUGGGGCAAGGCAAGUAAUUUGCGCCCCCUAACCCGGGGCAAGGCAAGUAAUUUGUGCCCCCUAACCCCUAACCUGCCGCCGCUGCCAGCUUCUUCUUGCUGCUGCCUGGGCUGGUCUGGUGUGGUUCUCUCCCACGCUCAGCGCUACGCUGGGCGGCCGCUGCACUGUCCCUCCCCCAGAUAGUCCCUCGCUCUCUCUCCGCACCGCACGCCUGGCACCCACCCCC